AUGCCCCUCAGCCACCAGGCAGGCAUACAAGCAUCUUUAUCAGUGAACAUGAAUGAAGUCCUGCUCCUCUGUGCUGCACAGAAUAGUGAGGAUUAUGAGUUCAAUGUACAAGAAGAAGAGUUCACUGCACUGUUGAAAAAAGCUAAAGACCUGAAGUCCAUAUUAGCAAAGAUUCCAGCUGAAAUCUCCAAUAGACAAAAGUUUCUACAAACUAUAAAGGAUAUUGCAACUGCUAUAAGGGACCUGCUAGAUGCUGUAAAUGAGGUUUUUAAGAAAUGUCCAAAUGUGGGAAAGAUGUCACAGUAUAAAGAGGGUCUGGAGCGAAACAAAAAGGAAUUUGUCAAGUACUCCAAAAAUUUCAGUGAUACUUUAAAGCAAUAUUUUAAGGAUCAAAGGUCAGAAGCAGUGUACGUUAGUGCCAAUCGACUCAUCAACCAAACAAACCAUAUUUUGUAUAUGUUUAAACUCGCUACAAGCCCAUGAUUCCUUUUUGUAGACAAAGCACUGUUUAGAAUUCACCUGUUAAGUACUUAAAGAGAGGUCAGCCUUUACAGAAAUGUACAGUGGUUUGAAGUCUCUUUUUUGUGUCAAUGAUAUCUCCUAAGACAAGUAGACUGUUAGCUCUAGUGGUAGCUAAUCAGUAUAACCAACCCACUGACUACUGAGUAUGAUGUAAAUCUGUUUGGCUCUACAGGGGAGGCCUAAUUAACAGACAGCACCUGCUGGUGGUCAAUCUUUAGAAAUGGCAUCAAUCUGAUUCUCGCUAGUUCUCUGUGAAAUAAAACUAUAUAAAAUAUCUUAAAUAUAUUAACUUAUCUGUAAAAUAAACUAUAUGUUCUUGAUAGUUAGUGGGUUAUGCUAAAACAGUUAGAUGACUCAGUAUCAAAGCCGAUAGAAACCGAGAGCCAUGUCGGAGUGCUAUUACUGUGGUAUACCCAGGGGCCCCUAUUCAGACAUUCGAAUUUUAAUAAAACUGUUUCGUUACUAUA